AUAACAUUACGCCUCCAAUGACUAAUUAUGGCAAAAUUAAUGGAGAACAGCCAGCACCGACGACUGGCGUGAUAUUUGAACUGUAAUUUUAUAGCUCACUAAGCUUGUUCCUUAUACAUGGUAUUCAUCAACAAUCUUGCUCAUAGUCAACCAUCGUAUGUCCAAGGUGAUUAUUGAAGUUUACUCGGGGGUUGUCAUCUGGCAGCUCCAACACGAAGUGCACUUCGAUUCAUAGGACUGUCCUCUCUUCGACGAGUGUCAUUAGUUGGUAUUCUUCUAGAGGCGACUCAAUCUUUGAAGCGAUUUUUUCGAACUAUAAAUUGAAUUGUUCGUGAUGAGUAAAACUCUAAUAUUGUGUCCUUCAGAGUUGGCUUCUACCAGAGCUCACAUUUGUCAUUCCUCUCUCACAAAAUAUCAUUGAAUGCCUUACAAAAGUCAUUUUAUAAUUAGACCAUUUUCAUUUAUUGUUAUUGACCAUCAAUGAGGUGACAUACAUGACACGUGUAGUUAUGAAAGUGCUAUAAACUAUCAACAAAACUGAAGGAAUUGGAACAAAGACAUCAUGAUUAGACUCCAACAUGGUCAAUAAUGGAAACUAGACAACUGAUGAAGAAGCCAAUAAAAGGUGAAUGGAAGGAGGAAGUGCUCUUUGUAUAAAAGUUUGAAUGGCCUAAAUGGGCAAAUGGGCUGGGCUCUUCGAUCACGCAGGGCCCAAUAAGCAUUGAGGUUUGAGGGCAACCCAUUCAAUUGACACCAAGGUUGUCAAACAGGUUUAUGCCAGUGUGUCGGUUUAGCAAGUGGAAUGGUUCGACCGGCGGCACAUAUCGGUUUGUGCCGGUUCAUGCCGGUUAAUAUUACAAAUAAAAUAAUAAAUACUCAUAUUUAAACAUGACAUUAAUGUCAAUACCUAAACAUUUAUAUUUGAAUCCAACAAAUAACAUCAAUAUUUAACUUUAUACUCAUAAAAUAAAUAAUAAAAUAAUAUGUAACAAUUAAAUUCACUAAAAUAAGGUCAUUUUACUUUGAGAUUCGUAUAUCAAUCAUGGCGGUUAUACCGGUAGUGUCACGCCGGUUUUAUGACCGGUACCGGCUAAACCAGAUACAACCGAUGGCACGCCGGCCGACGUGACAAACAUGAUUGACACUGAUAAGUGACAACCCUAAAAGAAAGAAACCCUGAUACUUACCGUAACUCAUCAAAUGUACAGAAGAUUUCUCUUUUCUUCAGAUUACAUGGUUUUGAAUGUGAUGCCAUGGAAGAAGAUAGAAAGCCCAAUACUACAAGGCCGAAGCCACCCGGCGUCCGUGGCCCAUAGCGAAGUUCGAGCUUGGAAAUCCCACUGUUGCCAAUGCCAAUCCAGCAACUAACUGAGCGGUUGGUUGAGUGCUUCGCUAAGUCUCAAGUCUCAACCUUCUUCCGCUCCGCGCCGGCGGCGGCGACACAGUUGUUUGUGUUUCAGUCCUGUUCUCUGGUUGGGUUUUCCGGAUUCGAUAUCAAGUUCGCAUCUUUCAUUCUGGGUUCGCGCUGGAAAUUGAUUUAGAUGAUUGAGCUUUGUUAUGGUAUUGGAAUAGAAUCAUUCAUAUCGAAGGAAGGCUGGGCGAAGAGCUGGUAGUAUCUAUUGUGUCAGGGUCUACCGUUGCCAAAGCUUUCAAUUCAACGCAGUUCAUCAGCUCGGCAAUAUGGCUAGGAUCAUUCAUCGAAACUGCUCUCUACUUCAUUGGCUAAGAAAAACCGGUAUGUCUGAAUUCCCUUAUUCUUCUGCUGCUACUCCCUCGUCCGACUUCGCCUCCAAUUCAACUAUGACCUCCAGUUCUGUAACUUUCGCCAGCGUAGAUGAUGCCUUGGAUUCAUUUAAUAGGAUGCUCCACAUGAACCCCAGACCUUCGGUUUUGAAAUUUGGUCAGUUGGUAAAUUCUCUCAUGAGAAUGAACGCCUUCCAGGCUGCCUUCUAUGCUUCUAAACAAAUGGAAUUAGCUGGAGUCCCACACAAUCUUUACACGCUUGGCAUGUUGCUUCGUUGCUUCUGUAAAUUGGGUCGUGUGGAUUUUGGCUACUCAGUUUUGAGCAAAGUUCUGAAGCUCGGUAUUCAAUUCAAUGAUGUGAUGCUCACUACAUUGAUCGACGGGCUCUGUAAAGAUGGUAGAGUAGUUGAGGCUGCAAGGUUGGUUCAUAAGCUUAGGAUUUUGGGAUAUCAACCGAAUGUUUACGCUUAUAACAUACUUGUAGAUGGACUGUGUAAGGUAGGGCAAACGAGUGUUGGGCUUGAAUUGCUGAAAAACAUGGAGGAGUUAGGUUGUCAACCUGAUGUGGUAAGUUAUAACACAAUCAUUAGAAGCCUAUGCAAGGAUGGAAUGGUAUCAAAAGCUUUAGAUGUGUUUUUAGAGAUGGAGGAUAAAAAGAUUCAACCAGAUGUUUUUGCUUACAAUGGCUUGAUUCAUGGGUUGUGCAUUUCAAGCACAAUCAAUGAAGCUAUGGAGUUGUUCAAUAAAAUGGUAGACAGGAAGAUAAUGCCUGAUACAUUCACCUAUAGCAUAUUGGUUGAUGCUUUUUGUAAGGAAGGAAAUGUUUUGGGAGCUAAAGUUAUACUCAAAAUGAUGAUUCAAGAAGGAUUGAUUCCGGAUAUCAGCACUUACAAUUCAUUGAUGGAUGGGUAUUGUUUGCGCAAUGAAUUGGAUAAAGCUAGAAAGUUAUUUGAUUUCAUUAUUAGGGGAUGCAAACCUACCUUGUAUAGUUACAAUAUCAUGAUUCAUGGAUAUUGUAACAAUGAAAGGAUGGAUGAAGCAGAACAGUUACUGAAUAGUAUGCUUGGGAACGAUUUGACUCCAAAUACGAUCACGUAUACUACUAUGAUAAAUGGAUUUUGUCAAGCCGGGAGGCUUAACGAUGCACAAAAAACUCUCAAGAAAAUGACUAGUGAGGGUUGUUCCCCGAAUAUAGUGACGUACUGCACUUUGCUUGAUUGCUUGUGUGCACGAGGUCAACUUGACGCCGCAUUAGCUCUAUUUCAAGUAUUAGAAAGUAGUAGGUUGAAACCUGGUGUUGUGGCGUACAAUAUACUUUUGGAUGGAUUGUGGAGAGCAGGGAGGGGAGAUGAGGCAAGGGAAAUGUUUUCUAAGCUCAAUAGGGACAAUUGUUUGCAACUUGAUACCCGCACAUACAGCACGGCAAUUAAUGGACUUUGCAGACAAGGUUUUGUGGACGAAGCAUAUGAAUUGUUCAGAAAAAUGGAGGGGGAUGGUUGUCUACCAGAUGGCGGCUCUUAUAACGUGAUCAUUCAUGGAUUUCUUCGCCAUAAGGAUCCACUUGAAGCAAUGGACCUCAUUCACGAGAUGGUUUCGAAAGGCUUCUCAGCCGAUGCAAGGACGAUGACAUUGCUAAUAGAAUUGUUGCCCAAGAAUCAGUUGGAUCAUCCGAUUUUCCAGAAGCUGUUGAGUGGUCCUGAUAUCAAGAGUCAUAAAAUUGGGUCCAGCGGUCUAUCUGCUGCUGCUACUGCUGCUACUCAAGGAACUUGCUGAAAUUCUCAUCCAAACUCCAGUUGCAUGAUCCAGUAGUUGAUCAAAAUCUCUUGGUGUCGAAGAAGAUUCUGACGACGCAAGAUUACUGGAACUAAAAGGUCCGAGUCAUGAUCCUUGCCAUCCCACUUACAUAUGCGUUUCCAUGCUUCCUGAUACUAUCAGAAAUUAAGGGCGCUGCAUAUUGCUGGUUCUCUCUGUUUGCUGUCUAAAUGUGAUCCCUAUACGUUCUUCUGUCUGUACUUAGUAUCGGAAUAUUGUGUAGAGAUAUGACUUAACUUAACUUAGCUCGCUUGUUUAGUAACAUUAACUUACAUUUUGCCCCAAAAUCCCUUGAAAUGGAACUCUAGGCUUCUGCUGUUGUCAAGAAGAAUCAAUGCGUUUGGGUAUC